ACCGACGAUCGCCCGGCCCAUGGCAGCCUUGCCUCCAUUGGACGUCACGCGUUGAGCGGCGUAACGAAGUUCGUCACCGUCACUGUUGGACCUGCUGAAGCUUUCGAGGUUCUGAUCGGUUCCAUUUUUGUUUUGAUUCAAAUCCAUACGCACGGCGUCGGCCUGUACAGCCGUUUUCGACAAAGAAAUAGCGCGGGGAUUUUGGUCAUCUUCAGACGAACACCGGAAACCGUUGAGUGAAGCGAAAGUUGAGACUCAAGAUGAGUGUGGAGGCGUACGGGCCGAGCUCCCAGACCCUCACCUUCCUAGACACCGAGGAAACGGAGUUGCUCGGAGCGGACACCCAGGGCUCCGAGUACGACUUCACCGACUUCACCCUUCCCAGCCAGACGCAAACUCAAGGCCAGACCCAAAGCCAGCUGGACAACCAGGUAAAUGGUCCUGAUGAGGGUCUUCUCAACGGCGGAGUGGAUGACUCCGUGGCCAAAGCCAGCCAGCUGUUGGCCGAGCUCAACUUUGAGGAGGACGAGGAAGACACGUACUACACUAAAGACCUGCCACUGCACGCGUGCAGCUACUGCGGUAUUCACGAUCCAGCAUGUGUUGUUUACUGCAAUACCAGCAAGAAGUGGUUCUGCAAUGGACGUGGCAACACAUCUGGCAGUCACAUUGUGAACCACUUGGUGAGAGCCAAAUGCAAAGAGGUAACGCUGCAUAAAGAUGGGCCGCUGGGCGAGACAGUGCUGGAGUGUUACAACUGUGGUUGUCGCAACGUCUUCCUCCUGGGCUUCAUCCCGGCUAAGGCCGAUUCCGUCGUGGUGCUACUCUGCCGACAGCCGUGUGCCAGCCAGAGUAGCCUCAAGGAUAUCAACUGGGACAGCUCGCAGUGGCAGCCACUGAUCCAGGACCGCUGCUUCCUGUCCUGGCUGGUGAAGAUCCCAUCAGAGCAGGAGCAGCUUCGAGCCCGUCAGAUUACUGCCCAGCAGAUCAACAAGUUGGAGGAGCUGUGGAAGGACAACCCCACUGCCACCUUGGAAGACCUGGAGAAACCUGGAGUGGACGAGGAGCCCCAGCAUGUGCUGCUGCGUUAUGAGGAUGCCUACCAGUACCAAAACAUCUUUGGCCCUUUGGUCAAACUGGAGGCCGACUACGACAAGAAGCUUAAGGAGUCCCAGACCCAAGACAAUAUAACAGUCAGGUGGGACCUGGGGCUGAAUAAAAAGCGGAUUGCCUAUUUCACACUGCCCAAGACGGAUUCAGGUGAUAUGCGGCUGAUGCAGGGGGAUGAGAUCUGCCUGCGGUACAAGGGAGACCUGGCCCCUUUGUGGAAAGGCAUAGGUCAUGUCAUCAAAGUCCCUGACAUCUUUAAAGACUAUGGGGAUGAAAUUGCCAUUGAGUUGCGUAGCAGUGUUGGAGCACCUGUGGAAAUCCCUCACAACUUCCAGGUCGACUUUGUGUGGAAGUCCACGUCCUUUGACAGGAUGCAGAGCGCCCUGAAGACUUUUGCGGUGGACGAGACCUCCGUGUCUGGUUACAUUUACCAUAAACUGCUGGGCCACGAGGUUGAGGAUGUCACCAUCAAGUGCCAGCUGCCAAAGCGUUUCACUGCGCAGGGCCUGCCCGACCUCAAUCACUCACAGGUGUAUGCUGUAAAGACGGUGCUCCAGAGGCCUCUGAGUCUGAUCCAAGGUCCCCCUGGCACCGGGAAGACUGUCACCUCGGCAACUGUCGUCUACCACCUGUCCCGACAAGGCAACGGACCAGUUCUGGUGUGUGCUCCCAGUAACAUUGCAGUGGAUCAAUUGACGGAGAAGAUUGACAAGACUGGACUGAAGGUCGUCAGGCUUUGUGCGAAGAGCCGGGAGGCCAUCGAGUCCCCGGUAUCCUUCCUAGCUCUCCACAACCAGAUCAGCAACAUGGACAGUAUGCCCGAGCUUCAGAAGCUACAGCAGCUGAAGGAUGAGACUGGCGAGCUGUCCUCUGCCGAUGAGAAGCGCUACAGGGCUUUGAAGCGCACAGCUGAGAGGGAGCUGCUCAUGAACGCGGAUGUUAUCUGUUGUACCUGCGUUGGAGCUGGAGAUCCUCGUCUGGCUAAGAUGCAGUUCCGCUCCAUCCUGAUUGACGAAAGCACCCAGGCCACGGAGCCGGAGUGCAUGGUGCCUGUGGUGCUUGGAGCCAAGCAGCUGAUUCUGGUGGGUGAUCACUGCCAGCUGGGUCCCGUGGUGAUGUGUAAGAAAGCAGCCAAGGCAGGUCUCUCCCAGUCCCUGUUUGAGCGCUUGGUGGUUCUGGGGAUCCGGCCCAUCCGCCUGCAGGUCCAGUACCGCAUGCACCCGGCUCUUAGUGCCUUCCCCUCCAACAUCUUCUACGAGGGCUCCCUGCAGAACGGCGUCACUGCAGCUGACCGCAUCAAGAAGGGCUUUGACUUCCAGUGGCCGCAGCCGGACAAGCCCAUGUUCUUCUACGUGACUCAGGGUCAAGAGGAGAUUGCCAGCUCUGGAACCUCCUACCUCAACAGGACUGAGGCUGCAAACGUGGAGAAGAUCACCACCAGGCUGCUGAAGGCUGGAGCCAAACCUGACCAAAUCGGCAUCAUCACGCCGUACGAGGGCCAGCGCUCCUACCUGGUCCAGUACAUGCAGUUCAGCGGCUCCCUGCACACCAAACUCUAUCAGCAAGUGGAAAUUGCCAGCGUGGACGCCUUUCAGGGCAGAGAGAAGGACUUCAUCAUCCUUUCUUGUGUCCGUGCCAAUGAGCACCAGGGCAUCGGCUUCCUGAACGACCCGCGCCGUCUCAACGUGGCGCUGACCCGAGCCAAGUACGGCGUGAUCAUUGUGGGAAAUCCCAAAGCUCUCUCCAAGCAACCGCUGUGGAACAACCUGCUGAACAACUACAAGGAACAGAAAGUCCUGGUGGAGGGGCCCCUGAACAACCUGAGGGAGAGCCUCAUGCAGUUCAGCAAGCCCCGCAAACUGGUCAACACCAUCAACCCUGGGGGACGUUUCAUGAGCACUGCGAUGUACGACGCCCGUGAGGCCCUCAUCCCCGGCUCUGCUUACGACCGCAGCAGUACUGCCGGACGUCCGUCCAACAUGUACUUUCAAACCCACGACCAGAUUGGGAUGAUUGGGGCGGGCCCCGGUCACAUGUCCGCUAUGAAUAUCCCCAUUCCCUUCAACCUAGUGAUGCCGCCAAUGCCUCCGCCCAGCUACCUGGGUCAGACCAACGGCCCUGCUGCAGUUCGCGGAGCUAUGAAGGGCAAGCCGGGCCGCAGCGGGAGGCAGAGGGCCCGAGGAUCGGCACACCAGGGUGCCAGUCAGGGUAACGGACCCAACAGCCAGGCCAGCCAGGACGGGGCCUCCCAGCCCUUCUCCCAGGGGCCGCUGACUCAGGGCUACAUCUCCAUGAGCCAGCCCUCCCAGAUGAGCCAGGCUGGCCUCUCUCAGGCCGAGCUGUCCCAAGACAGCUACCUGGGCGAUGAGUUCAAGUCCCAAAUCGACGUGGCUUUGUCCCAGGACUCCACCUACCAGGGUGAACGUGCAUACCAGCAUGGUGGGGUGACUGGACUGUCACAGUACUAAAGUGUACUUGAAGAAGGGAGCUAAGCUUGAACUGAGCUUAGUUCAUCAGCUUUUUAAUCUGGGAAAUAAUAAAAACAUAAAAUGGAUACCUGUUUUCCUCUGCUACAACCGAAGCACCACCGAGUGAAAGCGACGGGAGAGCGAAACCAAACCAAUGACCAGCGAGAGAAGUAAGAGGGUAGGAGACGAAGAGGGCACGAGCAGACGGGCAAGGCGGUGGCAAGAGAGGCCGAGUGGACACGCGGAGAGGCAGGGACUGAUGCCCGUGCAAAGUGAAGGAAGACAGUCGGAAAGAUGGCGGCGUGCGGUCCAGCUGCUGAGGGAAACGCGGGGGAGAUCUCGACGGCCUCGCGUGGGAGUCCAAACGAGGCUCAACUCCCAACAAAAAUAAUUCAGCCAACCCCUUCAACACACAGCCUCCAAGGAAGGAAGGAAGGAAGUAGGAAAGAAAGCUAUCUUCUCUUCGGGUGGAGCUUGACGCUUUCCCGCUGAAUUUGAAGAACUUGCUGGGGGGGGUGGGGCCGAUGAUCAAAAAGCCAUCGAGUGGGAAGCUCAAAAUCCUCAUGCUAAAAAGUCUGUUGGUUUCUUAACCUGCAGCUCUUGAAUUUGGUUUAUCAUGGGAGACGCCCCGAAGAACCUCAGCAGCCUCUGCAGGAAGCGGCAGUCGACAGACCUCCUCGAAGCGGACAUAAAAACACGGUUUCUGUGCUCGAGUCUGAGAAUAAAGAGCCUAGAAUUGAACCCUUCAUUUGCCUUGAGAAGCACUGGCUCAUUCCCGAGGUCUUUGACGGGGCGGCUCCGACCCCACGGCAGUGUUGGAGAGGCACCGGGAUAUCUGACUGUUUUCUCAAGGCACGGCGCGCAAAUCCCACCGAGACUGUCAUGGGACCGUUUUUUUCUUCUCUGAAGUAUCUUUUCUUAUCACAGAGCACAACUUUGCAAAUAAGUCAUUGAAACUAUCAAACACGACCAGCAUCGGACAGUCAACUCAACGUCAUUUGAUGUUUCAGUCAAGGCUUGUUGUUCUUUUAAUCUUUCGGGGGCCGCGGUCGUCGAUGUCCCGCUGGCCUACAUGACCAGAUGUCUUUUUGAAUACUCUGUGCACGCUUCGAUUGGCAAACGCUCCGGUGCUUUGCAUCGAUUGGUUUGCUCGGGGGACGACUCAAAUCCCUGCAUGAGGUGAAAGAAACCAAACGAGAUAAUGAAAGAAGGCUGAUCGCUGUCGAGGCUUACCGCGCGGUUGUGGCAAUCACUCCACCCGAGGUGAGCUGGUAGAGAAAGGAAGGUGGCUGAGGGAAGAGUUUCUGGAAAAUGACUCCUGUUGACAUGUGGCUUUAGGACAGUCCCGUCCUGAUAGGUGAGCUCACGUGAGACGUUACCGCAGUGGGAUCUCAGACCGUACUUUGAUUUUGUGAACAGCGUUCACAUGAGACGUAAUAAAGGCCGAUGGCCGUGUUGUCCAGCCACAAAAGUCGCUAGAAUCGGGUUGAAGAAUUAAGGCUUUUGCAAAUGAGAAAAAAAAUGUAGAAUCUAAACGAAACCAAUGUAAUCUGAAGGAUCUUUGGUUCCUGUGUGGAGGGAAUUAUAUAUGAAACUUUACUAAACCCAUCAGCUGAUUAAAUGAUGGCCUGCAGAUAAAUGAAAGGUGGAUGAGGAAUCUGAUCAGUGCCUACAACCAACCACCAUAAACCGCUGCAGCACAAGCGUGAAUGUAGUUAAAAAUCAAACUACCAGCAUAAAGGAACCUUCCAGGCAUCAGAGGGCUCAAGAAAUCCACAGAAAAUGACUUUAUAAAGUCCAGGUAGAGGUGAGGUGAGCAGAGUUGAACCUCAAAAGGAUGGGCGGAUAAAAAAAAAAAAGCCACCAUCCUUCCUUCUAUGUGGAAUAAAACAAGAUGAAAGCUGAUACUUUUUUAAAAUUUGUUUUCGUUGAGUGGACUGAUUUGUGCAACGCUGUGCUGCCUGCAUUAUGUAUUCCUCGUAGAGUCCUUCUCCUGAAGGACGCUGUGGACCUGAAUCUUGAGUUGAUCCAAACUUUGCUUUAGUCGGAGGAUUCCCUGCUGUGUGUCACAUUUUGUUCUGAUUGUUAUUUAGCCGUUUUGUGUAGUUUUACUAAAAUCUGUUCUUGUAGCAAGGAGUGAGGCGCGGGCUGAUUCCCGUCUUCAUGAGUUUUGUAGUUUUUCUAAGCUCUUCCGGGAGAGGCGCUUUCUGAACGCAGAAUGUACUCCGCUGUUUCUCACCUGCUGACAUGUGACAAUCAUGUUGUAAGUAGACGCUUCCAUGUAUAAUUGACGUAGAAAAAGUUGUUUUGUUGCCUUUGUGCGAAUCACUUUUUAGUGAAAUGAAUUAGUUUCCUCAUAUAAACCCGUUCUACUGAAAUCCUAACAUGUUAUAGCUUUAAGAACCUGCUGCCGUAAUAUUAUCGCUUGGUUGUUUUUCCGCAUCUUCUAAGCCACAAUGCAGUGAUCAUUAAAUGAUUUAAUUGUUCAUUUGUUAACAUUUGCAUCUAAACCUUUCGUUGUGUCAACAUGCAGGGAGGUUAGUGAUGUAAAUACCGAUUUGAAAUCAUCACAUGGUGGAUCCUUAUUAAACUGAAUCAAUAAAGGCUGUCAAUUUGA